AUGUGUGUGCGCUUCUGGUACUGGUUACCCACUGGUUCCUCCAAUGACCUGACUGUCCAUGUGCUGCAGAGCGGGCAGCUGAGUGAUGCCCUUUGGCAACGGUCUGGAGAGCCAUCUACAGGCUGGGAGGUGGCAGAAGUCACUGUGUCCUCCGCGGGGAGAUUCCGUGUGGCGUUUAAGGCUGCCCGCCUGCCAGACUCUGACUCUGCAGCAAAACUAGAUGACAUUUCUGUGAGAGAUGGAGCCUGCAAUCCUCCAGGCACCUGUGACUUUGAGUCCGGGCAGUGCAGCUGGAUCAACAUCCCCAAAGAAGAUGGACAUGAUUGGGUGAUGGCCAAAGGGGGCUUCCAUGGUCCACCUACAGACCACACCACUCAGACCCCAGAUGGUUGGUUUUUGUUGAGCUCAUCACUUCACCUAAACCACAGCAGUCGUGCACAGGUAGCGUCAGAAUGGAUCCAACUGAAAGACACAACCUCCUGUCUCACCUUAUGGUAUUAUAUGGAAAACAGUGACUCUGGGACACUGCGGGUGUACAAACGAUCUGGGUCAUCAGAGGAGGAUGUGAUGUUCCAGAGUAACAGCAGUGGCAGCAGAUGGAGCAGGUUUUCCCAAUCUGUAGAGAAGACCAAACCUUUCCAGCUGUGGAUUGAAGCAGAGGCUAACAAUAGAGGAUUCAUUGCCAUUGACGACAUCACUUUCACAUCAGGGCAUUGUGAAGUGAAUGAAACAAGUUUGGGAUUUGUGGGUUGCUCAUUUGAAAAUGGCACAUGCGAUUGGGUGGAUACCAGCAUUGGCCAGUUUCAGUGGGUGAGAGGAAGGAAUGCUACAGGGAACAUUGGACCCGCUGUGGACAACACACUGGGCACUGAACUGGGUUGGUACAUGGCAGUGGAUUCAGACAGAGGCGAUCAGAUAAGCCCUGCUGCCCUGCAGAGUCCCACCAUGACACAGGCUGGGGCCACCUGCACACUCCACUUCUACUACAAUCUUUAUGGAGAGGAUAUAGAAGAGCUGAAUGUGUCACUAAUGGAGGGCUCCAGGUCCACUACGCUGUGGUGGAUAUCAGGCAGCCAUGGAAAUCUGUGGCAGCGUGGGGAGGUAACGGUUGGUAGAAUCCCUCGGGACUUCACCAUCCUGUUUAAAGCCUCCAGAACCUUCAACAAGCCUGGACAUAUUGCCAUCGAUGACAUAGACUUCACAAACUGCACCCUGCCUGAGCCCCAGCCCGUGUGUCCAGAGAGUAUGUUUCUCUGCAACAACAGUGUGUGUGUUGAGAACAACCAAGUGUGUGACUUCAGCGAUGACUGUGGGGACCGGUCUGAUGAGAGCAACUGUGAAGAACAAGGUUUCAUGGAGCGCUGCAGCUUCGAACAGGGCUUGUGUUCCUGGGCAGACAGUGAUGUGGACACACCUGGAGAUGAGUGGCUGCUUCGGAAAGGACAGGAAGCCUGGCCCGAUCAUGGGCCUCACAGGGAUCACACCCAAAACUCUGCUGCAGGUCGCUAUGUUAUACCUGGGACUUACCUCAACAAGAAGGGACAGACAUCAGAGAUCCUCUCUAAAACUUUACUACCCAUCUUGAACUGUACUAUGAGGUUCUUCUACUUCAGCCUGGACGAUUCUACAGCCACAUUGACAGCCCAGUCCAGGACACGAGGGUCCGGUAGUGACGACAGACUGUUAUGGCUCAGGGAAAACUCACAGAGCUACAGCUGGCAGAGAGCAGAGGUCACGUUCUCCUCAUCAGCCAGCAGCAAGAUUGUCUUCAGAUAUGAGCAUGGUAAUGGCAGCAGAGGGCAGGUUGCACUGGAUGACUUAUCUUUUUCCAAAGAGUGUAAAUUUGACCCUGAUAACAACAAGCUCCCUGACACGUCACCCACCUCUACCCCAUCUACAACCUUUAAGACAACCUCAACCGCACCAAUCAAUCCCUGUCAGGAUAAUACAUUUUUCUGUUGGAGGUCCGCUGAAAAAGUUUGUAUUCCGACUACCUUACUGUGUGAUUAUCAUCUAGACUGUCCUCAGGGGGAGGACGAGGACGGCUGCGGUCCAUGCUCAUUUGAGAGAGAUCAAUGCAAAUGGACUGACUCUAGUGAUGGACAGAGUCAGUGGCAGAGACAGAAAGCCAGCAACUACACCGAGCCGCCCACUGAUCAUACCACAGACACAGGCUUCUACAUGAGAGUGAAUUUCAGUCAUGGGUCCACACAGAGCGAGUCCCGGCUUCAGAGUCCCUCACUCCCCCUUUCAUCCCCCUACUGCCAGAUUCUGUUUCACUUCCACAUCAGUGCUGUGAGUGCUGGGUCACUCAGAGUGCUUAUGCAGCAAGCUGAGGGGAGUGAAGCAAUCCUGUGGUCAAGUAGUCACAACACCGUCUCCCAUUGGACUGCAGAGACUCUGCUUCUCGGCCUGCAGCAGCAGCCUUAUAAGGUUUUUUUUAGUGGUAUGAAUAAAGUCACUCAGGAGGCCACAGCCACUGGAGGUUGUAUUUUUGCUGUGGAUGAUAUCUCCUUUUUAAACUGUGAAGAAUCCUACCAACCACCAGCUCUUUCUGCAUAUAGCUGCUCUUUUGAAGAUGGUCUGUGUCUUUGGGUGCAGGGGGCUGAGGAUGAGCUUGACUGGCUCAGCACAUCUGGUCCCACCGAAACCCCCAACACAGGACCUUCAGGAGACCACACUACCGGCAAAGGGAAAUACCUUCACAUCAAGAGUUCAACCCCAAGUGUGAAGGGGAAUGUGGCUCAGAUCAAGUCUGCACUGCUGCCACCUGCUGGACAAAAAGGAUACUGUCUCACAUUUUGGUACCACAUGUUUGGAGCCACUGUGGGAUCUUUGAAGCUGUUUCUACACUCAGCUGAUCCCUUGAAGAAAACACUGGUGUGGCAGAAAUCGAGAAAUCAAGGGGAUGAGUGGCUGCUGGUGCAGACCGCCGUGCUGCUGCAGAAAGUCCACCAAGUGGUUUUAGAGGCUACAGUUGGAGGAGAGGCGGGAGAUAUCGCCAUCGAUGACAUCUCUUUCAUCAGUGGACCGUGUCCUGCCUCUGAUUUGUGUGACUUUGAGGAGGGGAGUUGUAACUGGCAGCAGCAGACCACUGAUGACUUUGAUUGGGUCAGACACUCGGGCUCCACUACCAACCCCAACACAGGACCAGACACCGACCACACCACCAACACGCCCACAGGCCAUUACUACUACCUACCCUCCUCUGCUGCUGACAGCACCGACCAGAAGGCUGCAAUGUCUUCACCCCUGUACCCGGCAGGAAAAGGAGCUUGUGUGCAGCUGUGGUACCACAUGUAUGGGAAAGGCAUGGGGACGCUGAAUGUUUACCAGCAGAGUGAAGACAGGAAGGAAGCUCUGAUUUUCUCUCAGACAGGAGACCAGGGCCGGCUGUGGAGGUUCGCUCAGGCUUCACUGCUGCCUCGUGUUCAGCCUUACAGGAUUGUGGUGGAAGGUGUAAAGUCUGGCUCCACUCAGGAGGGAGACAUGGCUUUUGAUGACGUACAUCUGACGGAGGCUCAGUGUCCUCCUCAUGGAUUUUGUGACUUUGAGAUCAACAUGUGCAGCUGGAGCAACCUGGGUGGAGACGUCGCCGAGGGGAACUGGCUCCGCGGCAGAGGGGACUCUCCGAACCCGAACACAGGACCUAGUUUCGAUCACACCACCAACUCAACACAUGGUUAUUAUCUGUAUGUGGACAACUUAGUGGGAGAGUGGGGAGCCAGGUCCUUCCUGAUCAGUGAUGUGUUCCAGCCGUCCAUUAGAGGGCACUGUCUCAUCUUCUGGUACCACAUGUAUGGCAGCCAUGUUGGGACUCUCAGAGUUUUCAUAAAUGACAGAAAAAUGCAAUCAGGUGGCAGUGAAGAAGGGGAUCUGAGGUGGAUUGAGUCGGGAAACAAGGGAGAUAAGUGGCAGAUGGCUCAAGUGUCUAUUAAACAUGAAGAGGCAUUCUGGUUCGUGUUUGUGUAUCAGAGGGGGGAGAAUACAGGCGGGGACGUCGCUCUCGAUGACAUCACCAUCUUCCCUGGCAGCUGUUACACAGACCCCCCCAUUGACCCUCCUGAUGAAAACAGUGAUAUGUUGCCCUUAGGCCUCACAGUUGUUCUGACUCUGUUGGCUGGAGUUGUCCUCGCCGUCGUCCUCUUCGUGCUGAACAGGAAACGUAACACAAUGAACCAGUCGACACUUAUAAAUAAUGAUUCGAUUCACCACAACUCAGUGUUUGACCUCUUUAACUGCAAAAUAGGUAGCACACAACAUGGAGCUGAAUCUGACUCUUCCUUUGAAAACAACUUGUACAAUCGGUCGCUGCCCGUAACUGACACCAGAGUGGAUUCAUCUGACGCUUAGACCAGAUUCAGAAUUAUAAUACAAAAUCAACAAACAAAUUCUAAUUCCACUGAAAUCUUCAUGUACAAGAUGAAACCAUCAUGUGCUGAGAAAAAUAAAUGAUUGUUCAUCUACAGUACUUUUCAAUAUUUGUGAAUACUGCCAAUCAUAAGCCCCUCAAUUAAGGAAUCAUUUGAAAAAAUAUAUAAUUGACUGUCGUAACUUGUUCAUAUAAUCUUUGCUGCAGAGCAAGAGGAAACAUGAACCCUCAGAAUCUGAGUAAAACUUUCCAGAUAAACAUUGUUGUUUUACGAAGAAACUGAUGACAAAGAGAUUGUUUCAUGUCUGCUCUGCCAAACGUGUUGUAACAGAGCUGAAAUUACAAGGUUAGCUCCAGGACAGGUGCACUUUAACUUACAACAUCGUGCAACAU